AUGAGUAGUUCAACUGUUUGUAGAACGACAAGACAACCUAAAGGAACUUCAGAUAUUUAUGAAAAUUCUAAUUUGCCUAAAAGCAAUUCUCAUUCACCAUGGAUUCAGUUUCCAUCUAAUAUUGUUAAUUUAGCAGCAGCAUUAAAAAGGACUGUUAUCUCAUCUUCAACAUCCUCAGCAUCUUCAUCAUCUUCCUCAAUACAAAACAAUUUAUUAUCAACUAAUAAUAAUAACAAUGUACAAACAUCUAAAGGCUCAAGAUUUAAAAAAUCUAAUAUUUUAAAAAUAAAAUCUGCUAACCCUUUAAGAUAUCCUUCAUCAACAAAUGAUAACAAUAUAUUAAAAAAAAUUACUUCUGAUUCUAGAAAACGUUCACAAUCAUUAACAAAUAAUGGUGUAAAUAAACCUAAACUUGAAAUACCAACAUCAAUAAAAGAAUCAUCAACAAAUGAAAGAAAAGAUUCAUCAUGUAAUAAUUGUGGAACAGUAAUGCAACAAACGGCAGGGCACUUAAAAGCAUCCUCAAAAGAAGGUUCUUCAACUACAACACCAACAACUCCAACACCAACAACAAUAUCAACGACAACAAAUGGUGGUAGAAGAAAUUCUACACAAGGACAAAUUCUUAAUCCAUUAGCUAGGAGUAGAAUAAAACAUUGCCUCAGGAAUGCUCCUCCCAAAUUUGGACAUUUAAUAAUGAGAAGAAUGUGUCAACAAAGACCAGAAAUUAGAAAUUUUAUACAAAAUUUAAGUGAAGACCGUGUUAAUGAAUUGUCUAAUUCAGUAGCUGAAUUUUUAUUUUCAACAGUUGAAAAUAUUGAUGAUUUACCAAAAAUACAAAAAUUAUCAACAGAAUUUGGUGAAUCAUAUGUACAAUAUGUUUAUUCAGGUUUUAGGCCUGAAUUUUUUUCACAAAUUGCUGAUACAUAUAUAGCUGAAUCAUUAAAAUUAGAUGGUGGUGGUAUGCAUAAAAGAUGUGAAGCAUUACUUGCAUGGAGUCAAUUUAUGCAAUUAAUUUUUACUAAUGUUCGUGAUGGUUAUUAUGGAAAAUUAAGAGCUCAAAGAAGAUCUUCUCUACCAGCUAAUAAAUUAUACACAACUAAAGUUGGUUGA